AUGGCCAUCGCGAUGAGCAUUUUUCCAGUUCUCCUUUGGAGAAUGAUGGCAUUUCAGACAAACUUAUUGCAGGCUAAAGGAAUUCAGGUUCUCCCACCUGUUAACUUCACCGUCACAGUCUCUGCACUAGCAGAAGUACUUUUGCAAUGGAAACCAAACCCUGAUCAGGAAAAGAAUGACACUGUUAAAUAUGAGGUGGAUAUUAUGACUCCUGAGUUGGACCCAUUUGAUACAAAGAAAACUUGCAGUACCUGUACGGCUGUGCUUCAUAAUGGUUUUUCUGCACGUAUUCGGACAUUGCUUCUCUAUAACAACUCACAAAUGGAAAGUAACUGGGUUACAGCUAAACUUCAAGCCCCACCAGGUGCUGUUGAGACAUCAGUCACUAACUUGUCCUGUGUGAUUUACAUGGCCAUUAAUAAUACUGCAUCUCUUCAUUGCACCUGGCUUGCUGGCAAAGAGGCACCAGAAGAUACAAAAUACUUUCUAUUUUACAGGUAUAAUAGCUACACUGAAGAAUGCCAAGAAUACAGUAAAGACAAAUGGAAGAGAAAUAUUGGUUGCCGAUUUUCAAACACUUACAUAAAGACAAGUGAAAUUGACGAAGUUGUCGUACACAUUAAUGGGUCAAGCAAGUACACUGCAAUCAAACCUUUUGAACAGUUAUUUAAUCCAAAUGCCAUUGAGAAAGUGAAUCCUCCCAGAAAUGUCACCGUGUCUUUAAAACAAAACAACCUUCUGGUCACGUGGGAAAUGCCAACUUCUUCUUUCAUAAAGGAUUGUUUUGAAUAUGAACUUAACAUCUACAACUGGAAGACGGGUUACAACAAGACAUGGGAAACGGAGUUAAAUAGUUUCAGUUUAAGGAUUGAUGACACCUGCAGAUAUUCCAUACAGAUAAGAGCUAAUCAUCAAUCAUGGUGUAGUGAAGGAUUUUGGAGUGAGUGGACUGACUCUCUUUAUAUUGGAGAAAACCAGCCAAGGACUCCAUUAGACUCCAAGGCCUACACGGUUCUCAUUGCACUUAUAGUAUUCGUAUGUUCCAUGGCAUUGCUUAUUGCUAUAAUAUGCAGAAAGUAUCACUUAUGGAGCAGACUAUUUCCACCAAUUCCAACACCCCAAAACAGUAUAAAAAAUCUGUUUUUAAAUAAGAGCUAUCAGAGAGCACGUACCUUUACCAGUGAAACGGAAACAGAAAUUGGAAGUUGCUUUGAAGAUCUUGGAAGUUAUGUUGAAGACCUUUCUUCGGAUGUCCUUGAAGAUUCUUGUAAUUCUUGUAAUCUGUAAUCCAUUCAUGAUCUUGAAAUUAACGGGAGUGUUACUGCAAGUGACAACAGCUUAGAUUGGAUGAACCUUCAGAUCAUACCAUCAUCAGUGCUUCAAAGACAGAAAAAUAUGUUGCUUCCAAGAGGUGAAGUU